AUGACGCAAUCGGCGAUUGAAGCAGUGAUUGAAGACCAGCUAAAAAUUCUGGACGAGGGACAAUCAUUUCAGAACGAGUACCGAAGUUCGCUGCAAGGGGAAAAAUUCAAAGAUCCUCACGCUUCUGGAUCAGAUCCAAAAGACUAUCGAAAACGGGCUGGAAAAGGCUGCGAGAAAAUCCACGGAAACAGUAAGGAAUGCAAUCCAAGAAACGGCAAACACAAUGAUGGACAUGGCGAAGUAGAGAGCAGGAGCCCUUCCUCCGAAAACGAACUGGACACACAUGAGAACGACGAGAAAAAGAAUCAGGAGAACGUCGAUUACACGGAAGGAGUACAAGAAAUGAAAGAAGAAGACCAUGACUCAUUCGAAGCUGAUGAGAGGAUUUUGAAAGAAAUCAAGGAAGGAUGA